AUGGUGUUCGGAAGAGUCAUCCACUAUGCUGUCGACGCGGUCCUUCUUUCAACUGUCGUCGCGGGGGUACGUCGAUCCAUCGGUAUCACGCCAACUACGGACAUGAUCGAGGACCAAACCAUCCGUAACGCCGCGGAGCGCUACCUUGGCAUUGGAGAGACGGUAUUCGACCUUAUCCAAGGCUCCGCUGUCAAUAGCAAGUAUUUCAAGCGCGACCCGCGGCCUUAGGCUUCCUCUCUACUCAUGUCACAUUUCUCAGAGGGGCACAGAAGGAAGGAUCAGUCGGGAUUGUUGUGAGAGGAGGGUCAUGGAGGAGAAGACGACUGGCGCGUCAGUUGUAAUCUAUCACUAUUCGG